GACGGGAAGACCUAAGCCAGCCGCCGCCGCUGUCCCUGGGCAGUGCCGGUGGCGUCCUGAAGGAAUCAGGACGUCGAGGAGAACAUCUACUUCGACUACAUCACCCCUGCAUCACGCCUGCACCGAGCAGGCGAUCAUGUCCACUCCCGUGACAUCUUCCGCUCCAUUCCGGUCCGACACGAUCGAACCACUUACGGGGAGUAACUUCCCUCGUUGGAAGUCCCAAGUCGAAUUAUGUUUGGGUUGUAAUGAAUUUGACUAUGCCUUGAGGGAAGAAAAACCUGUGGCACCUGUGGCAGGUGUCACAGGGUAUGCAGAACUCAAGAAGGAGUAUGAUGUUAAGAUGGAAAAGUGGAAUAAGUCCAACCAUAUUGCGCUUCUCAUCAUGAAAGCGACAAUAUCGCCGGACAUUUCUGAAGCACUCCCUAAGAAAGAUACUGCUAAAGAUUUCCUCACUGAAAUGGAGGAGCAAUUUAAAGGCUCCGACAAAGUGUAUGCUCAUGAGCUUUUUGCUAAACUUCUUCAGAAAUACACUAUUGACGGAAAUGUUAGGCAGCACAUAUUGAGGGUGGUAAAUGCUUUCACCAAGCUUAAGGCUUUGGAGUGUUCUUUAAGUGAAGCCCUUCUUGUCAUAAUUAUUCUUGAGUCUCUUCCUGAAGAGUUUGAACAAUUUAAGGUCAACUAUAACUCUCUAAAGGAAAAAUGGCCACUCUCUGAGAUGACCGCAAGGAUCGUCCAGGAGGAAGAAAGGAUCAUGAGGCAGAAGAAAGACCAUGUCUUUCAUGUUGGCUCUAACAAGAGAAAGCAUGACGGACAAGGUUUCCCUAAGCCUCAGAAAAGGCAAGUCAAGAAAGAAGGCACUAAGCCAUUCAACCCUAAGGCAUUCAAGGGUAAAGAAGCCGGUGGUUCUUCUUCUGCUCCUAGCAGCUCCACUGCUGGAGAAAAUGCUUGUAACUUCUGCAAAGAAGAGGGACACUAUCAAAGGGACUGCCCAGGCUUUCUAAAAUGGAUGAACAAAAGAGGGAUUCGAUACGAUCCAAACCAUAAGAGGAGGAACAAGAAAGCUUAAGGUUGCGAACGGAGUUGAGGCCGAUGUUGAAGCUGUGGGAUCUCUCACGUUGGAGCUACACACUGGCCACACUCUUAGAUUGAAUAAUGUUCUUUAUGUGCCUACCUUAAGUAGGAAUUUGAUUUCAGUUUCUUGUUUAGAUGAUGAUAUGUAUGAGUGCCAUUUUGGCAAGAAACAAUUUGUUUUGAUCAAAUGUAAUAAGAAUGUAGGCAUCGGUGUUAGACGAGGCCAACUAUACAUGUUAUCUCUUAAUAAUGAUUCAGUUAUGCAUGUGAGUGAUGCAAUUAAUGUUGAGAAGAAAUGGAAAGGAGUAAGUAAUUCUUCGAAAUUGUGGCAUUGUCGUUUGGGCCACAUUUCGAGGGGGAGAAUGGAACGCUUAGUUAAAAAUGAAAUACUCCUCCCAUUAGACUUCUCAGAUGCAGA